UCCUCCUCUUCCAGUACACAUAUACACACUGAGGACAGCAUAUGUGUUGAUCAGAGCAGAGACACAGUCUACCUGAACAUGGAUCACAUAUUGGCGCUGUUGCUGUUGCUGCUAAGCUCAGGACUCCAGGCUGAAGGAAAUGACAACCCAGCAGAGUCUGUCAGGUUGGUGGGAGGAGCCAGUCGCUGUGCAGGAACACUGGAGGUAAAACAUGAAGGAGAAUGGAGAUCAGUGGGUGAUGUUUUCUCCUACUGGACCCUGAAGGAUGCAGCUGUUGCCUGCAGAGAGUUGGAGUGUGGCUCUGCUGUUUCUGUAACAAGGAGAGAGGAGUCCUCAGAUAGAUCUGUGUGGUGGGUCAGGUCAGACUGUCUUCAGUCUAAAUCUCUGAGAGAGUGUGUCAACUCUGAUUCCUCUUCCGUCAUCCUGAAUCUCGUCUGCUUAGACUCUGUCAGGCUGGUGAAUGGGACCAGUCUGUGCUCAGGCAGACUGGAGGUGAAGUCUGACCAGUCUAACCAGAGCUGGUCCUCAGUGUGUGAAGCUGACUUUGACCAGCAGGAUGCAGAGGUGGUCUGCAGGGAGCUUGGAUGUGGGGCUCCUUUGGUCCUCCAGGGGGCGCUCUAUGGAGAAGUGGAGUCUCCAAUGUGGACCAAAGAGUUCCAGUGUGGAGGAGAUGAGUCUGCUCUCCUGGACUGUAGAAGCUCAGGCUCAGCUAGAAAGACAUGCUCACCUGGCAGAGCUGUUGGACUCACCUGCUCAGAGCCUUCCAGAUUGGUGGGUGGGGACAGUCGCUGUGCAGGAACACUGGAGGUGAAACAGGGAGAAUGGAGAACAGUGGGUGACUCUGACUGGACCCUGAAGGAAGCAGCUGCUGUCUGCAGAGAGCUGGACUGUGGUUCUACUCUCUCUGUAGGACUGAAAUGGGAGUCCUCAGACAGACCUGUGUGGUCCAUCAGCCCUGACUGUGUUCAUUCUGGAUCUGUUAUGCGGGAGUGUGUAACAGCAUAUUCCUCUCCCUCAUCUCUGGGUGUCACCUGCUCUGACUCCGUCAGACUGGUAAAUGGGACCAGUCUGUGCUCAGGCAGACUGGAGGUGAAGUCUGGCCAGUCCAACCAGAGCUGGUCCUCAGUGUGUGAAACUGACUUUGACCAGCAGGAUGCAGAGGUGGUCUGUAAGCAAAUUGGGUGUGGGGCUCCUUUGGUCCUCCAGGGGGCGCUCUAUGGAGAAGUGGAGGCUCCAAUGUGGACCAAAGAGUUCCAGUGUAGAGGAGAUGAGUCUGCUCUCCUGGACUGUAGAAGCUCAGGCUCAGAUAGAAACACCUGCUCACCUGGCAGAGCUGUUGGACUCACCUGCUCAGAGCCUGUCAGGUUGGUGGGAGGAGACAGUCGCUGUGCAGGAACACUGGAGCUGAACCUUAAUGGAGACUUGAGACCAGUGAGACCCUCUGACUGGAACCUGAAGAAAGCAGCUGUUAUAUGUCGAGAGCUGAACUGUGGCGCUGCUGUUUCUUUUGGAGAGAAAGAGUCCUCGUUCAAACCUGCAUGGUGGGUCAGGUCUGACUGUGUUCAGUCUGGAUCUGCUCUGAGAGAGUGUGCAGCGCCAAAUUUCUCUUCGUCCUUGCUGAAUCUCACCUGCUCAGACCUGCUGGUUUAGCCCAAUUUCUCUGCAUCCUCCUCCAUGGAUGAGGUCUCUGAGUCCGACUGAAGAGAAAGGAGCUCAGCAAGCAGAGCAGCACCUGUAAAAAAUUGACAUAUAUCAUCUCUUCUGUAUGACCAAUUCAUGAUGUGAAAUACACAUUUGGUGACAUUUGCCAAUUGGUUGUUACAAAAACAUAAAAAAUAAAAAAUAAAUGAUGCCCAAUGAUUUCACACAAAGU